AGAAGUCCAGAAGCGAGCAAAGUGGUUGCUAGAUGUUAUAGAUCUGCUUGCUGUUUGGCUGUCAAGACCCGCCCUUUCAGUAGUCAUUUGUUUGUUGCGAAAUUGAUCCCGAUUUUUAUACAUGGCGCAAACCUUUAGGACAAGUAUCAUUAACAGUUUUGGUAGAGUGUGCUUGUAACGAUAGCUAUCACUGGCUAACUUAAAGGAAACAUUAGCUGGCUAACUACUAGCUAGCUUGCUAACAUUAUUUUCUAUGGACAAAUAAUGGAUCCGUUGGUUCUUCCUCUUUUGGACCAUUUGAACAGAAUGCUGAGUUAAGAAAUUGGAAGAUGAGCACCUGAGUCUAAACCAAUACAUUCCAAUCAUGGAGCUCUACUGGUACAUAGUUGUCAUAGUUUUCAUUAUCAUCAAGAUCUUCUUCUACAUCUGCUGGUAUCGGACAAGGCAGAGGCAACUGGCAGCCUACCUGAGCAACCCCCGCAAUGCACAGAUUGUGAUUGUGGGAGGCCGGGCUUACCUCCACCAGAUGUGUGAGAGGCAAAAUACGUCGAUCUGGCCCAGCUGGUAUGGCGUGCAGGACGAAGGCUCGGUGGGUGAGCCCUCGGCCUCGCUUCCUCCCGACUCCUCCGUCUCGCAGCUGGACAUGCCGCCGCCGUAUGAGGCCGUCUCAGGAGCCAAUGACCUGAAGCCACCUCCGUACAGUGAGUAUGCCCAGUCGCUGGCGCCGGCCGGAGACCCUCCCAUCGCCGUCCCGGACAGCACGGACACCAGCAGCUUCUCUGAGGCCCCGCCCCCAUACACGCCAGCCAACCGCCAGCCAGACGGCGGCAACCACAGCCAAUUGCAGCAAGGAGAGAGACUGUGCUAGGCAGCGCGUCUUCCUGAAUCCAUAUCUUCUCUUGCACAUAAUGCCAAUGAGGGCCCAACUGCACUUCCAGCCGGUUCGGUCUCCUCUCUCUCACAAUCUCUCCCCUCCCUCUGAUGAUUCAUUUUCAGAAUAUUUUCUUUUUUUUUUUUUCUUUCACACAUGGUGUUAGGAAUAAUUUACUCAAAAGAAGGAAACACUUUAGACGUUGACCUUUCAAAGUGUGUAGUCCAAGAUUUGCUCUUUGCUUGACCUGCAGAACGUUUAGAAGUGGUGGUAAUAAAUGGCGAGUCUUGCCAAGACAGUGACCCUGGUUUCGCCAGCCUCGAGACAUGCCUGCUGUUAUCAUCCUCUGAAGUCUAAAUGGUGCUCUGAUCUCAACCAAUGCUGAUGGUUGUCUUUCCACUGAGUAACCAUGGAGUCCAAUCUUCUAAUUCUUCUACAAUUUGUACCAGUAUCCACAGUCAUGUAAGCCUUCUUCCUAGACACUCAUUUACUUAAACCAGCUUACAUCAGCGUACAACUCAGAAAUACCAUGUGAUUUGUGCAGUGAUACCUUGUAUAAUUUUUGCAAACACAAUCGUGUUGCUUUUUGUAAGUGUCUAAAAGUUGACUUUCAGAAAAUGUUUUAAGUAUCACAGAUAAAUCUCUCUGUAAGCUGUUCUGAAAAGCAGGCCUUAGGUAAUCUGCAGGCCUGGAAGUGCUCUGACUUCUGCAGGAUUGCAUCUUUGCUCCCUUUAAUAUUUUCUUAAGACGACAACCAGAGCGGGAAGAUUCACCGGUGAUGUCAACGCAACGUCCAGUGAUUAAACGUUAAGCAUGGCGAGCGCUUACCCCCUGCCCUCUGUCUCUCUCUCCCUCUCGGCCUAACACGUGUAGAUCCAUUAGAUAAAGUGGAACAGGACGUGGAUGUUCAUGUUUAACUUGGGGCUUUUGUCCGUCCAGUAUUGUACGAGUACAUCACCGCAGGACCUACUCCAGUCUGAAGCACAACUGGAUCAGUGCAAAAAGGCCUGUUCUUUGUGCUUCGGUUAGGAUUCAGGUUAUAGACCCGUGUUAAAAAAUGGUGGUGGUGGUGAAGAUUAAUGGGGUGUGGUGGGUUGACGUGAACUGAGCAGCUCAUAUCAAGGCAAGGCAGUUGUCUCAAUGAAGGGUUUAAAAAAGAAAUGUUAAAAGAGCAAAAUUGUUUUUUAAAAUGUCCUCAUCGGGUAUAGCCUAUUAAUGCCUUUACACUUAUAUGCAGUCAUACAUCACAUUGAGAUGUGGAGGCAUGAGAGAAGUUUUGUCUGACUGACUUUGUGUUAUAUAAGAUGUCUUUAGGGAAAAAAGUUUGUUUCACCUGUAAUAUGUUUAUAUUCUUGUCUGUUUGAUUGCAUCUUUGUAGAUACUGUAUGUGAUUGUUUUGUUUGAGUCAACAUCAUCAUAAGAAAAUCAGAGGCUUCACUUUCAGAUUUUUGUUGACCCGCAUAAACUUAACAAAGUGAGACUAUGCCAUAUAAAUACUCACUUCACUACUGUAUAACCCCUUUGUAUAUACUAUUUUUAUAUUUGUGAAAUGCCUUUAAAUCCUUUGUCGGUGUGAAAUAUGAUGCUUCUGUUAUUGUGAAAUAUAAUCACCACUCUGGUUACCAACAAGGUUGUGAGAUGGAAAAACUAAAUUCAGUCAGGCCAUUUUGACAGUGAUGGGUUUUUUUUUCUGUUGAACGUGCCAUAAUUAAGUUGGUAUCCACAUAUUACUUUUUUCAGCUUUCUUGUUUUUCAAUUGAAUAAUUUGUAUUAAAUGUUUUGUUCAGAGGUAUAUUUUGGAAAAUGCAACAAUUGAGCAGGGACUUGUCUUACUAAUAAUACAACGUCAACAUGUAAAUGCUGUUUGUGUUGCAGAUAUAUUUCAUUUGGAGAAUAAAUUCACUGUUGGUA